GAGGGACGCAGCGGUGAGCGGGCGCGAGGCCGCCGGGAGGGUGGGCCUCGCUCUCACUGGCCACGCCGGGCGGUGAUUGACGUGGCAGGACCCCAAUGGCAAGGCAGGGGCCGCUUUCCGCGCGCAGUUCAGGACGGUUGCCGGGCUCCAACCGGCGCGCUGCUUCGGGAAGCCGCUUCGGGAGAUGGCGGGCGGCGGCGGCGGCGGCGGCUCCGGUCGCUCCUUCCCUCCCUCCCUCCCAGAAGGGAAGGCCCUGGGAGCCACGCCACUCGGCCGCCGGGCUCCUCCACGGCUCCCCUGCUCUUCUCCUUCUUUUGGGGCAGGUUGUCCUCGAGAAAGUGCUCGGAGUCACGACGCAGAGCAGCAGCGGCCUCGCUUCUGACCCGAAGACCGGGCGGAUCGCCUACCCUGCCGGAUGUGUGGUUGUGAUUUUCAAUCCUCGGACUAAUAUACAAAGACAUAUCUUUAAUACUUCUAGGAAAACUGUGAGUGGUCUGGCUUUCUCCUCUGAUGGGAAGUACAUUGUAACUGGUGAGAACGGGCACCAGCCAGCAGUCCGUGUCUGGGAUGUCGAAGAGAAGGUUCAGGUUUCGGAGCUCCAUGGCCAUAAACAUGGUGUAGCCUGUGUGGCCUUCUCUCCCAAUAUGAAGUACCUUGUAUCAGUGGGAUAUCCACAUGACAUGGUAGUUAACGUGUGGGACUGGAAGAAGGACUCGCUGAUGGCCUCUAACAAAGUGUCCUGCAAGGUGAUCGCCCUGGCCUUUUCCGAGGACAGCUACUUUGUUACUGUCGGCCACCGCCAUGUGAAGUUCUGGUUCUUGGAUGUAUCCCGAGAAGUUAAGAUUAAAGAGACAGUUCCACUGGUUGGGCGCUCUGGACUCCUUGGGGAGCUUCACAACAAUAUCUUCUGUGGUGUGGCCUGUGGGCAGGGCAAAAUGGCAGGCAGCACCUUCUGCAUUUCUUAUUCCGGGCUCCUGUGCCAAUUUAAUGAGAAGCGUGUGCUGGAAAAAUGGAUUGACCUGAAGGUGUCUCUAGCCAACUGCAUUUGUGUUAGUGAAGAAUUUAUUUUCUGCGGGUGUGCUAAUGGAACCGUGCGCGUGUUCUGCGCACACAACUUGCAUUAUCUCUCGGACUUGCCAAAGCCACACUAUCUGGGCAUCGACCUGGCUGCAGAAGAAACGCAGAGAAGAGUAGAUGCCACAUACCCGGACACUCUUGCCUUGACCUUUGAUUCCAGCCGUCAUUGGCUCUCCUGUGUGUACAAGGAUCACAGUGUGUACAUCUGGGAUGUGAAGAACACCAGUCAAGUUGGGAAAGUAUGGUCCGACCUCUUCCACAGCUCAUUUGUGUGGAAUAUUGAGGUUUAUCCUGAGUUUGAAAACCCCCAAAGCUGUUUGCCCCCUGGAUCUUUUCUCACAUGUUCAUCAGACAAUACUGUACGUUUCUGGAACUUGGAAAAUGGCACACAAACGUAUCCUCGGGAUAAUGUCUACAGUAAUAACUUGUUCAAGAUUGUGUAUGUGGAACAGAACACUCAGCAUUUGCAGGAUUCAACAAAUGUGCCUGAAAGUGCUAGCUGCCUUGAUGUGAAAUCUGGUGUCCGUGUGAUGCGAAUUAGCCCCGAUGGCCAGCACUUGGCUUCUGGUGACAGAGCUGGAAAUUUGAGGAUACACAGUCUAAAAUUUAUGGAGGAAGUGAUGAAAGUUGAGGCCCAUGAUUCGGAAGUGCUCUGCUUAGAAUAUUCAAAGCCGCAAACUGGGAUGGCUCUGCUGGCCUCAGCAAGCCGGGACAGGUUGAUCCACGUGCUAAAUGUGGGGGAAAAUUAUAAACUAGAACAGACAUUGGAUGAUCACUCCUCAGCCAUAACUGCUGUGAAAUUCACUGGAAACAGAGACAUUGAGAUGAUUAGCUGUGGAGCUGACAAAAGCAUCUAUUUUCGCACUGCACAAAAGGUUGCGGAUGGAAUUAAUUUCAUCAGAACACACCAUGUUGCUGAGAAAACAACCUUGUAUGACAUGGACAUUGACAUAACCCAAAAGUAUGUUGCUGUAGCCUGCCAGGACAGGAACGUCAGGGUCUACAGCACAGUCAGUGGGAAGCAGCAGUGGUGCUACAGAGGCUCGCAAGGCGAUGAGGGGUCGCUUCUGAAGGUCCAGUUGGAUCCUUCGGGGACGUUCCUGGCGACUAGUUGUUCUGACAAGAGCAUUUCCGUUAUCGACUUCCGUUCUGGAGAGUUUGUGGCCAAAAUGUUUGGACACUCAGAAGUCAUUACAGGGAUGAAGUUCACCUUUGACUGCAAGCGCUUGAUCACGGUUUCAGGAGACAGCUGUAUCUUCAUAUGGCACCUUAGUCCUGAACUUACUUCGUACAUGAAGCAGCAUUUGGUAGAACUAGAUCAAGUCGAAGAGCAAAGGAGAGCCAGAGGAGGCACCUGGGCCCCUCUAGUCAGGCAGGAGACUUACAUUGCUGUGUCUCACGGGAGCAACCUCGGUAGCAGCCAACAUGUGGCGGAUUACGACACAGAGGAAGAGGAGGCGGAAGAACCGUCUCUUCAGACUCCCACAAGAGGGGACUUUGAUCCAGCUCCUUCUUGUGUCCUCACCAACGGCAAACUGCCAAUGUGGGCAAAGAGGCUGCUUGGGGAGGCAGACAGUUCGGACGGUACAUCCCUCAUUAACUCCAGGGCAAGUUAUCAGCCACAAGGGCGAUGGGCUGAACGUGCUGACAAAGAGCCAAUUAAAACCAUCCUGCCUGCAGAUCUCAAUUACUUCACUCCCAUUAAAAAUGAGAGCAUGGAUGACAUUGAGCUGGAACCAAAGGCUCUGGACCAGCUGCUCUUGGAGACUGAGAGCUCCCCUAGCAACAUAAUAGAAGACUUCAAACAACCCAGUUUGUCUUCUGAAGAUGAAGUGGCUCGCGAGCUUGACACCACGGAGCAUGGGUAUGGCAUGCAGCACAGCUGUGACUCAUCUCAAAGAGAGAGGGGACAUGUAGAGGAGUUGCCUCUUCAACCAGUUUAUGGAAAGGACACUGAAGAUGCGAAAGAGAAGUUGAUAGAUCAAAUGUGUUCAGGUGCUUCCAUGGAUCCGGAGGCAUCUGCUUCUGGUCACCAGCAGGAAGCAGAACAAGAGCCUUUUGUUUCAGAAACAGAAGCAGAAAUGACGGAGCUCGAUGAGACCUUCCGGCCGAGCAACUCUUUGCCAAGAACUCCUGAGCAAGAAAAAUUCCUCAAGCAUCAUUUUGAGACCUUGGGUGCUGCCCUACCUGAAGAAAGAUUUGAUGGUUGCAUAAAGGAUCUGAAGUGCCCUGGAGAUGAGGAUGAAGAAAGCACUUUGUUUCUGAACCCUCGCCUGAGCAUUUCUGCCAGAUUCCUCUCUCGCUGUCAGAGAAAUAGCAGGUUUGCUUCUGCAUUUUUGCCAAGGGCCCAUCAACAGGCAGAGGUGGCGAUGGUGGCGGCUGCUACCGCUACAGCGACGGCUGCACAGUUGGUUAAGGAGGAUAAUCUACUCUCCAGUCAGCUCAAGAAACCAGAGAGACCUUCAGCAGAAAGUCGCUCCGAGUUGAAGGACAAGCACAAUGCAAAAACAUACACCAUUUCAGAAAUGCAGGAUCUUGUCAAAACCUUUGAAGUGAACCUGCAAUCUCUCUGCAGCAGCUUUCAAGAGACAUUGCAGCUUUAUGAUAAGGUGGCUUUCUGCAGUGACUCAAAGAGUGAGGAGGAGCUCCUUCAUAUAAAGAGCAAGAUGGUUAGUACUUUCUGUUGGAUGAGAAGUGAACUGGACUCCAGAGCCAUAACGAUUAACACUGACGUGGCUGCAGCCACAGACAGCUUGUCCCCUUGUCUCAAGUGCCUCCAAGACGGUGAGACCCAUUCUCUUCUAAGACACUACUCUGAGUCAUUGCUAAAUAUGGUCCAGAAGAGGCUGGAUGAAGGAAACAGAACAGCCAUUGCUUGAACUGCCUUGAGUAGUGACCACAUCUCCCGGUGCCUGUCUUUAUUGCACUGCUGAGCAAAAGAAAAGACUCAGUUUUGUUUAACUCCUGAGGAGUUGGCUAUUCUUAGGACACAACCCAGGGGGAUUUUACUUCUAGCAUUUUUUCGUUUUUAACAUCUACAAGCACACACCUACAAAUCUGAAUGUCGGUAGUUUUCUGAAGUGGCCUCCUGUGAAAAACAUUCUUUGUAGCAAGGAAAGAGCAGAAGUUCACUUGGGUUGUUCUGAUGUCUCCCACAGGACUUUUGUUUGGGUUGAAAUACUGUUUUGCAACGUUAACUUUAAAAUGUUUAUUCCUUUGGAGGUGGUUUCAGAAAAAUAAUUAAAUUUUGCUUCCUGUCUUGAAAAAAGUAUUUGUAUGUGUAUGUAUUUUACUCUACAUAAACAUUGGAGGAGGAUAAUUUUUAAGAAUGACCACAGAGGAUUGUAAAAAAAGUCAGUACAGUCUUCUAACACACUGAAUGUUAACAAAAUUAAUAUUC